AGCACCCGUAUGGUUAACUGUGCCAAAGGAGAAGUGCAUAACCAGUCUAAAGUCCGUCAAAAGCUUCUCCGCAUACAGAUCAGAGGGAUUUCACAACAUAGCAGACUGCUGCAUUAAACCAAGAUGGAGAUUCUGUCUGGAACACACAUGCCGGGGAUCAUAUGUCUGGUCCUUCUGAUUGUUCUGUUGGCCUGCAUCAUGUACCAUCCACUGAAGAAAUACGUUCAGGACUGGAACGAGUUGAGGCCAAUCCCUGGAGUGGAAGGAGCAUAUCCAAUCAUUGGGAAUGCACUUCUUUUCAGCACUAAUGCAGGAGAUUUCUUCAACCAGAUUAUUGAAGGCACUAAGGAGUUCAGACAUUUACCAUUGCUGAAGGUUUGGGUUGGACCCCUGCCAUUGGUGGUCUUAUUUCAUGCAGAGACUGUGGAGGGGAUUCUGCACAGUUCCAAACACAUAGACAAGGCCUAUUUCUAUAGGUUUCUGCAACCUUGGCUGGGUACUGGCCUACUCACCAGCACAGGGGAUAAGUGGCGUGGCAGAAGGAAGAUGUUGACCCCGACUUUCCAUUUCUCCAUCCUGGCUGAGUUUCUGGAGGUGAUGAAUGAGCAGGCUGAGGUUUUAACACAGAAACUGGAGAAGCAGGCGGGAGGAGAGCCAUUCAACUGUUUUAGCUACAUCACACUCUGUGCUUUGGACAUUAUUUGUGAAACAGCAAUGGGAAAGAACAUCUAUGCACAAAGUAACAGUGACUCUGAGUAUGUCCGCAGUGUGUACAAAAUGAGUGACAUCAUCGGCCGUCGCCAGAGAGCUCCCUGGUAUUGGUCAGACUUCAUCUACAGUCUGUUAUGGGAGGGGAAGGACCAUGACAAUAGACUGAGGAUCCUCCAUUCAUUCACUGAGAGUGUGAUCAAGGAGAGAGCAGAAAGCAUGGAGAAUGAAGGUUCUGACAGUGAAUCUGACCAUGGUAUCAAAAGGAGAAGACUUGCCUUCCUGGACAUGCUGUUAAAAGCCACUGAUGAGGAGGGAAAUUACUUGUGCCAUAGUGAUAUCCAAGAGGAGGUGGAUACCUUUAUGUUUGAGGGACAUGACACCACAGCAGCCUCUAUGAACUGGGCCCUUCACCUACUGGGAUCCUACCCUGAAGUCCAGACCAAGGUCCAGGAGGAGCUCCAAGUGGUGUUCGGUUCCUCCAACCGCUCCGUCACCGUCGACGACCUGAAGAGGUUACGUUACCUGGAAUGCGUCAUCAAGGAGACCCUACGCCUCUUCCCCGCUGUGCCCAUGUUCGCACGCACUGUCAGCGACGACUGUCACAUCAAUGGCUUUAAAAUUCCUAAAGGAGUGAAUGCCCUGAUCAUUCCCUUCGCCCUGCAUCGCGAUCCACGAUACUUCCCGGAUCCCGAGGAGUUCCGGCCAGAGCGUUUCCUAAUAGAGAACAGCACAGGACGACAUCCCUACGCAUACAUCCCCUUCUCCGCUGGACCCAGGAACUGCAUUGGCCAGCGGUUUGCCAUGAUGGAGGAGAAGGUGGUGCUGUCUUCGGUGUUGCGUCACUUCUCUGUGCGGGCCUGCCAGAGCCGAGAGGAGCUGAGACCUCUAGGAGACCUCAUACUCCGACCAGAGAAGGGCAUCUGGAUUACGCUAGAAAAGAGACAACGCUAGAGAAGAGAGCCUAGUGAAGAGAUGCUAGCCUCCACCUGCAAACAGCUUCCACUAUGGUACUUUGUCAUGUCGUAAUACAUUGUUUUGUUGUAGCCUCUUUCUGAAUCUUGUGUCAACAUUAUAGCAAGUGUUUUUUUAAUAAACAAAAUGAUGUAUGAAGGUUAAA